AUGUUUUGUCUUAGAAGCUGGCUUCCCCUCCUUUUCAUUCCGACGAACGCUAGUCCGCUGUUUAUUCUCUCCUUCGUCACCCUUACCUACAUCCUCCAUCGGCCCUGUAUAUACUGCUCUGCCCUCCUCUUGAUCCUGUUUAUCUCGUCAUGUCACUGGUCAGACCGCUGCUUCUUUGAUAUCAGGGCAGAUUGGUUUGCCCCGCGAUUCGCUCAUUUGCCUGCAGCCACUUCGACGAAUGCAACUACUACUGCUCCGGCUCUUAAUUCUACUACAAACGAGCUGAUCGAGUAUGUCUUUGAUACCGUGAAUACAACGGCCACCGCCCUUAUGGGAGCUGCGCUUGAAGAAGCGAAACGCUGUGUCAUACCUAACGGUUCAUCAAGUUCCGGAGAACCAGAAUGGACUGGCAUUGGCCUUGAGUGGUUUAGGAGCUUAUUGGGGCGCAGGGAGUGGACUCUUCCCUGUGUUGAUGUGAAGGUUAGAUUAUAA